UCGAGAAACUGUAUGUGAAGAGAGAGAGGUCGAGCGAGAACGAAUAGAGAGAAGUAGUGAAAGCGCAUCAGAGAACGGGCUAGAGACGCACUUCAGUCAUCUGAAGAUCUUCACUGCUCAGAGGCAUCAAACUUCGGAGGAUUAUAUCUCACAUUUGUCUACGUCUUCCUUUUGACCAUUACUUGACUUUAGAACAUCUGUAGAGAUUAUAGGUUCAAGGAAUUUUUCUGUAGGAUUUUUUAUUUUUUUUUUUUAAACAGAAACUUAGAAGAAUAACACAUUUCUAAACUAGAAUUAGCAAAACUCAAGUUUGACAAGUUCAGGACAAAUAUAUACAUUAAAAAUACAGUGGAAACCGAUUUGCAAAGUUUAAAAUGAUAUGCCAACAUUUAACCUAGAUUUAUAACAAUCAUUCAGUUAAUUAAACAAGUCAGAUUAUUAAUUUAAUGUUCAUUGCAGAAUUUGUUGCGGUACCUAUUCGUGAGAAAGAAAUCUGCGUUUUUCUUUCUUUCUUUCUUUAUUAUUAUUAUUAUUAUUAUAAUUUUCAGAAUAAUUGUAGCAAAUCACAACAAAGUAAGUCACUCAUAUAGGCUACUCCUGAACAGACUAACCACUGUAGUACUCCUAACUCCAAAGACAUAUUUUAAACAAGUCCCCGGACGUUCACAGUCAUGCUCUUCGAGAGUUUUGACCUUGUCUCGGCGCUGGCGACGCUGGCAGCGUGUUUAGUGUCCAUGGCACUUCUUCUGGCCGUCUCCCAGCAGCUCUGGCAGCUGAGGUGGACUGCAACACGGGACAAGAGCUGCAAGUUGCCCAUGCCCAAGGGCUCCAUGGGGUUCCCCAUCAUUGGAGAAACAUGCCACUGGUUCUUUCAGGGUGCAGGGUUCCAUGCUUCAAGGAGGCAGAAGUAUGGGAACGUAUUCAAGACUCACCUGCUCGGGCGGCCGCUGAUCCGGGUCACAGGGGCAGAGAAUGUGCGCAAGGUUCUGAUGGGAGAGCACAGCCUUGUCACUGUGGACUGGCCACAAAGCACCAGCACUCUACUUGGUCCCAACAGCUUGGCCAACUCCAUAGGAGACAUCCACCGCAAAAGGAGGAAGAUCUUUGCUAAAGUCUUCAGUCAUGAGGCUCUGGAGAGAUACCUGCCCAAGAUCCAGCAGGUUAUUCAGGAGACCCUGCGGGUGUGGAGCUCUAAUCCUGAGCCCAUCAAUGUGUACAGCGAGUCCCAGCGUCUCUCCUUCCACAUGGCGGUGCGUGUGCUCCUGGGUUUCCGAGUCUCUGAUGAGGAAUUGCACUGUCUCUUCCACACUUUCCAGGAGUUUGUGGAGAAUGUCUUUAGUCUUCCCAUCGACGUGCCAUUCAGUGGUUACAGAAAGGGCAUUCGUGCAAGAGACUCACUCCAGAAAAGUAUAGAAAAAGCUAUCCGAGAGAAGCCACUCCAUACACAAGGGAAAGACUACAGUGAUGCUCUUGAUGUGCUUCUAGAGAGCGCCAAGGAAAACAACACAGAGCUCACAAUGCAGGAGCUCAAGGAGUCCACAAUUGAGCUGAUCUUCGCUGCUUUUGCCACAACAGCUAGUGCCAGCACAUCUCUUAUCAUGCAGUUACUGCGACACCCUGCGGUGCUUGAAAAGCUGCGUGAGGAGCUGCGAGGUUGCGGCCUGCUCCACGAUGGUUGUCUUUGUCAGGGCGAACUACGCCUGGACUGCAUCAUUAGCCUUAAGUACCUGGACUGCGUGAUCAAAGAGGUCCUGCGCCUCUUUGCCCCCGUGUCUGGAGGCUACCGCAUUGCCACACAGACCUUUGAGUUGGAUGGCGUGCAAGUACCCAAAGGCUGGAGUGUCAUGUACAGCAUCCGUGACACACAUGACACAUCGGCUGUGUUUAAAGAUGUGGAGGCAUUUGACCCUGACCGAUUCAGUCCAGAGCGCAGUGAGGAUCGUGAAGGUCGUUUCCACUACCUGCCCUUUGGUGGCGGUGUUCGCUCCUGCUUGGGAAAGCAGCUGGCCACCCUCUUCCUCAAACUUCUGGCUGUGGAGCUUGCUGGAGGCAGUCGCUUCGAGUUAGCCACGCGGACGUUCCCCCGCAUGGUUUCAGUCCCCGUGGUGCACCCCACCGACGGCCUUCGCGUAAAAUUUUAUGGCCUUGACUCCAACCAGAACCAGAUCAUGGCCAAAUCAAAUGACAUGCUGGAUGCCACUGUGUGACAGAUUGAGAGGAAAGAAAAGGAGAAGUCUUCUCCGAUGGAGCUGUCACCAGAAGUUUCCUAAAAGACACUCUCAUCUGCCAAAAAUGUAUAGUCUAUCAUUUGUAAAGAAAAUGCAAAAAAAUAUAACAAAAAUAUAUAAAUGUAACUAAACUUAUUGCUACAUAAGGAGAGCACAAGUAAGAUUUUAAGAAAGAUGUGGAGGUUUAAAGGAACAGUCAUAUAAGCAUCUGCCAAUGUAGAUGUCACAGGGUAUGGCCAGUUCUGCUUUAACCAGCACAGCACAGGACGGGUCUGGAUGAAUCAGUCUUGAAUUUUAUUUUUUUUAUUAUUAUUAGAAGUUAUGUAUAUGUAUGAGAGUUUUUCAUGGUUUUUGUGUAUUUCAGUGUGAAUGGUGCAGAUCUGAGUGAGUUCAUUUAUAUGUAUAUACAGUAUGUGUUUUUGUGUGUGUAAAUACAUUACAUGUUUUUCUUGCAUGAAUGUGUGUGUGUUUGUGUGCGUGGACAGGUUGUUAUUCAGCUAAGGUAUUAGGAGUUAGAGUAGGCAGUGCAAACUAGAAUGAAUAGGAGGAUUGUGUAAUUACUCAGGUGACAUUGCAGUACAGAAGGAGCUUUCAGACUUACCCAGCACUUGUUAUACAUGAUCUGUAUAUAAGUGACAAUUCAUAAUAUUCUUUGUAAGAGAGUGAGAAGAGGACAGACAUGAAGAGAGAUAUAUAAAUAGUGAGAGAGCAUGAGAGAAAAUGACCCUGUGCUUUAUUACUGCAAUGCCACACGACAUAAUCUCUGUCUAACUUUGGCUGUGCGUGUCUGUGUUAAAGUCGGGCUCUCAAAACAAGCUAUAUAGGGAAUGAGCGACUCAUUCCUGCUGCAAAUGUUAUAUCUGAAGACAUUUAUGAAAACAAGUCAUAACUGUGAUAUAUGCUGCUUUGGGAGUCGCUUUUUAUUUAUAUGAUGGAGCAGAAUGCCAGCUGACCUCUGUAAAGGUCAAACUUGUUUUAAUGCUGCUCCGCAUUGCAUUAAUAUAAGAAGAAUUUAUACUGAAUAUACAGUAGAUGAUGACAAAACUGAAUGACCAAUCAUUAAUCAUUAACUCCUACUGCAUACCACCAAUCAAGAGAGUUUUCUUGUGAUGCCUUUGAAGGGACUUAUAGCCACAGGAACUCUGCAUGUGGAUGACUUGCCGUAUAGGGUCGGGGGAGAGGCAGUAGGACUCUUGUUGAAAUGAGAAACCCAAUGGGGUUCCUCCUUCACUUCCUUACAGGCUAAGCAAAUGACUUUUCUUGGAUAAAAUAUGCCACUGAUUUUUUUUCUUCUUCAUGAAUUAAAACAAUUAACGUCUGCUGCUUUCAGUGUAUCAUUUUCUAACAGAGAGUUGCCUUUCUCUGAAGUGGAGAUUUGCAAUUUCUGAGCAAAUGUUCGUGCUGUGAGUGCAAAGAGGGAUUUGGCAUUUCACUUACUAUGGGUAAAGCAUAUUUGCAUUGUCUAAUAUCAUAAUAUUCUUGCUAAUAAUAUUAUUAUUGUAAUAAAUAUUAUUUUAAGUGCUAUUUUUGUUAUAUUUCAGAAUAGAGUUCUAGUAAAAGUAAAGUCUGUUGGUAAAUACUGUUCUAUUUAGAAUUAUAUGAAUUUCAGUUAUAUUGUAAACAGUGUUUAAAUGUUAAUAUGGUUUUAUCUUAUUGUAAUAAUUAUAAUUUUGUUAUCAUUAUUACCUUUGCAUUUAGUUAAUAUUAAUAUACAGAAGCACUUGCGAGGUAUGUUUAUUUUGAGUGCCAUUUGACUACAUGUUCUGUUCUUUUGUUGAUUGUUGAGUUUGUCUGUACAUAUAUUUUAUUCAUUUUUACAAAUCCACAUUUCACUUAGUUCAAAUAUGAAUGUUUCUCUCUCCUUUUUUGUUACAGUGAUUCUUAAAUGUACUUGGUAAUUUUAUAAACACUUGUAAUAAACUAUA